AUGCUGGAUCGGUUGGAGAGAAAUGAGAAGGAGGCGAAGCAGAUGCAGCUCGACAGGGAGGAGGAGGAUGGCGAUGAUGACGUUGAUGACAAUGUGGACGAUGGGACUGCCAAUCUCAGAGCAAGCCUCACGGCCGCGCAGAUCGAAUCCGCUUCAACAGAAACGCUUCUUGCCAUGCUGACGCCGAAGGAGAGGCAAAACUUCAUGGACGCGAUCAAGGACCCGCAGACAGCAGCUUCCUUAAUGGAUCGCCUGGACCGCAAAGCUGAGCGAAGGCCUCGGCUGGAGCCAUCUCCAUCCCCGCAAGGCGUUCUGGUAUCAUCACAAUCGCAGGCCGACACCGCCACGCGCCAGCCGAAAUACCUCAAGGACUGGCAGUCCCUGCCAUGGUUCGAUACACCACAAGCAGAUUCGGUCUUUCUGCAAAGGUCACCUAAGCAUGUCGACUCCUUCUUAGCUUCACUCGAGAAGAUUCUCUUGGCUCAACGCAGCAGCACACAACCACAGCGUUCGUCUGUGCCUGUCAAGCUGGCAUACAACUUGUGUGCUGUCCUCAUGGCGUAUGCCUACACCCUUCGGCAUCUGGAUGUUGCCAGCUUGUCGGCGAGAUCUAAAACACUUGUCUCACAGCAGCAGGUCAUUCCUGAACUGAUGUCUGCUAUCUCUGUGGGAGAGCAAUGCAACGACGACGAAGAGCCUCCGCCGCUCGAGCCUGACAGCCCGACCAGCUCCGUGCCAGGCCCACCCUUUCCUUCGGCCACAGAAGCUGUUCCAACAGCGAGACCUGACUCACAGGCAUCACAAGACACAGCAUUCUCCGAGCAAGCAUUCGGGGAGCUCAACCGUCUCAUCCCCUUCCUCUUCACUCAUCCUGCGCCCAACAGCACAAAAACCAUAGCAACAGCCGGCGCCGACCACAGCCGGCUACUGCUGACUUCGCUCGACGACACAUCCAUGUGGCUUCUUUCCCGACUUUCCUUGGAAUCCGAAAUCGGUCCAGCUGGCGCGGACGCCAUCGACCUGCAGCUGUUGCAAGAUCUCGCCAAGCUGCUCACGCAUGAACGCUUGUUGCCCACCUUCGGCGAAGGACAAGAGGUUGAAUCCAGAUUCUGGCUGGUGUCAAAACUCGCCUCCUUGUCGCCGCAGCAAGCAUUCACUGCCGCACAAACGCCGCUUCUGCUCAACGCCAUCGCAGAUAUCUACUUUUUCUUAGAUGAUCUGUCCUUCGCAACCUCGACGACUCAGCUCACGCAGGUGUCGACCCGCAACCUACCCAAGAACAUCAAGAUGGCUCAGCGUAAGCUCUGCUUCUAUCUUGGCUGCGCCUUGAAUGCGGACCAACAGUUCGGGCAGUCGGCAAUGGCGCAGCUUGACUCUGAGCUGCAAAACCGCAUGCAGAGUCUGCGCCACAGCAUCGGUGCCGUCAACGAAGCAGAGAAGAUCGCAGCAGCAGUCAACUUGUUCAGCAACGCCAGUACUCAACGAUCAAGUCCGCCCAGCAUCGAGGCCGCACUCUGA